AUGAAUCAGUUCAGCGUGAUGAUGGUUUUACAGCUUUUGUUCCUGACUUCCUGCAUUAACAGCAUGGCCCCAGCCAACAUAAGUCUGCGCACGUUCAUUGGUUGUGCUGUCCGAGAAUUUACCUUCUUGGCCAAGAAGCCGGGUUGUAAGGGCCUUCGUAUUACCACUGAUGCAUGCUGGGGACGCUGUGAAACCUGGGAGAAGCCUAUUUUAGACCCUCCGUACAUUGAUUCACAUCACAGAGUCUGCACCUACAAUGAGACCAAACUGGUGACUGUAAAGCUACCAAACUGUAUCCCAGACGUGGAUCCUUUCUUUACGUAUCCUGUGGCCAUUAGAUGUGACUGUGGUGUUUGUUCCACAUCAAGCACUGAGUGUGAGACCAUCUGA